AUGUCGCUUGGCUUGUCAAAUCUUACUCAAUUUGGAUUCCAGAUAGAUCUGCUAUAUUUCUUUUGCGGAGUUCUAACAGUACAACUGAUGAAGAUCAAAUUGUGGUUAGUCAUUGUUGGAGGGGGUUUCAGUUAUUCCCUCCUCCAGCUUCGAGACUAUCCGCGCGACACCCCAGAGGAACAAAAUCAAGUAAUCAUUCAAGUUGAUGACACAGAGAGUCAUGUUAUCAUCAUGUCACAACAAGCUAAUUCUGAUGUUGAUGAUAUAUCUACCUCACCAGAAGAUAGGGAUCUUAUCAUCCAACAACAACUCACGAAUUAUCCCGUAGACACAUACCUUACAAAGGUGUUAGUUGACCCCGAAGGAGUACCGAAUCCUCGCGUCGAUUUGUUGAUGCAUGCACUUCCAUCGGAAAUUAUGAGGCGCCUUAAGGAAACCGCGAAGCUGAUGGUGAAUGGCGGUUUCAUGGAGGAAUGCAGCGACAUUUACAGCAAAUGGCGUAGGGAGUUUCUAAAACAGUGUCUGCGGGAACUUCGGUUGCAACUUUAUAUGUACAACAACGAGGACGUUGAGAAGUGGUUAAAAACGUGCAAGGCUGCUGGGAAGAUACUGUUUCCCAAUGAAAGGAGCCUCUGCGAUUACCUCUUUUCAGGGAGCCAUGUCGCUGCCAAUGUCUACUUCGAGAAGAUUUGCAAGGAACUGACGAUUAGUUUAGUGAGUUUUGCAAAUACCACCAUAACAACCCGGAGCUAUUUGCCGAAUCUUUUGUGCAACAUCGUCCCUAAAAUGUCGCAGUCAUUGGGCGAGCUGCUACCGGAAUUCACCUCACCGAUCUUGUUUAUCAAAUCAUCGUUCUUAAGGGAUCUUCAAGACAUUCAGGAAAUAUUGGCUACGCUAAACAACUUUGGGGAUAUCAUUUACCCUGAUAAUGUGUCGGCACCUUUUACCAACGGAGGGCUUCAUCUGAUCACUAAGGAAGCAACGGAUUACAUCAUUAGAAGUUGUGUAGCUUGGAUACACCGGAGGUCUGGCCAAUCUAACCGCGUCGAGAAUUCUUCGUUUUGGAUGGUGAUAGGAAGGAUGAUGGAGUUGUUAGAGAGCGAGUUGGAAGCCAAGUCUAAAGACUACUACACUGACCCCGCAUUGGGCUAUAUUUUUAUGAUCAAUAAUCUCAGUUACAUAGAACAAAAGAGGAGUCAUUUGAAAUUCGACAAUGAUUGGUUUCCAAGAAACACAACAAAGGUGCAGCAAAAAUGCAACUUGUAUCUAAGAAGGUCGUGGAAUAAGAUUGUGGAGUUUUUAAAGAUUGAGACAAAUGAGUCUGUGGAAGCUGUUGUGGUAGCGGAGUUAAUGAAAGAUAAGCUACAUUUGUUCAACCUGCACUUUGAGGAGACAUGCACAAUUCAAUCUACAUGGACGGUUUCUAAUAAGGGACUGAAGGAACGAAUAAUAAAAUCCAUAGAAGAGAUUUUGUUGCCACGAUAUGGAAAGUUUUGUGAUAGGUUUCAAGUUGUUUCUGGUAAUCAAGCUUAUGAGUAUAUUAAGUUCGGAAUCGUAGACAUUCAAAAUUGUCUCAGCAAUUUGUUUCAAGGAAAUAUGAUAUCACUUUGUUAG